CAUUAUUUACACUCACAACCCGUAAAGUGCAAUUCUUCCGUACGAAAGAUCCGAUCCCUACUUGGCCAUGCAACGGAACGAUCAGGUGCAGCAAUAUGACGGGCAACAACAAACGAAUGCCAUGAAUUUUCAGUUUUCUCCGGAUGAACUGCGCGUCCUUCGGGAGUGCAAUCGGGAAUCGUUCUUUCAACGAUCGCUCCCACUUGGCACGCUGCUGGGACUAGGGGCAUGGUAUGCGGUCAACAACAACUACCUGAAGCCCAGUGCACGGUUCGGGCCGGCACCGAAGAUACUGGUUGGCGUUACGUUCGGGUACUUUAUCGGCAAGCUUAGCUACCAGGGCAGGUGUGCGGAAAAACUCAUGCAACUUCCCAAUUCGAGAUUGGCCGAAAUGUUGCGUCACCGUCGUCAGCACGGAUCAUCCGGGAUGGCCGACAAGUUUCUUCCGGACCAAGGGUUCGGUGCAUCGAGUAUGCUGACCCCGUUCGCUUCCACGCCCACCCUGGAACGUCACGCUGAUGAAUCGUUCACCAACAACGGAUCGCUCAACAUGGAUGUAGAAGUUCCACAGUACACGGGUCUAGACGACAGUGGCCGGCCAACUCUCGACUCAAUGAGCACCCUCGAUGAAGACCUGCAACUUCCGCCCGCACCGAAAGCAUCCAAAAGCUACGAGGAAAUGCGACGCCAGAACCGGGAGGAGUACGUACGGCGCCACCAGCAGCAGUACCGGGCACCGGCGGUCCUCGAAGACAGCCCUCCGAUUCGCCGCGAACCUAUGGAACGUAGAGCGAGUGGCCCUUCGGACGACCAGUCUUACGGUCCUAGCAGCACGGCGGGAGCGAAAAACAAAUACGGUGACGCCUGGUCCCAGUAGUCACGCGCUUGACU